AACGCUUAUUUAAUAGGUUAGUGACUCUUUCCCUCACACACACACACAGAGAGAGAGAGCGACACACUGGGAUGGAGAUGUAACAGCCGUGCGAAGGCGGUUUCCACAGCGAUGAAGCAUUUUGGAGGCAGUUUUUAACCGCUGUACAUAGAAGAGAGAGAAAACGAUCGACUCGACAAGCCUGAGAUCGGCGAGGGAAGACUAGAAUAAAAAAGGGGGGGUGCAGUGUCUCUGGCCCAAGUGUCACAGACAGCGGGAGGAAUAUCAUCUUUAGCCGCAAAUCCCUGCAAAUUCGAGGAGAGAAAAAGUGCCAGUGUCACUAUAGGCCUUAAGAGCCAGAGAUGAUUCAUUCUAAACCUCAAAGUGAAGGAUAACAAGUGGCCCAGACUCCUGUGACCUCUCAUCCCACCACCUCCUCCUUCACCUUUCCUCUAACCUCUAAACUGUGUAACGUUCUCCAUUCCCCCCGGCUGGUUCAAUCUAUACAGACACAGACUGACUGGAUGACCAUCUGGACCUAUGUAAAUCAACACGAAGACAACAUAAACCAACCAGCCUUGAAGACGGACUCUCCUGGAUACUGACUGAGCUGCCAGAUGCUACUCUGGAUGGGGCUGGAGGCUGUAGGCUGUUAGGCUAGCUAGGCCAUGCUGCUCCCUGUGCCUUCCUCCUCUCUCAUGCUGCUUCCAGGAGACCUACGGGCUACAAACAUCAUUAUCGUCACCGUCAUCUUCAUCACUCACCAAUGCCACAGGAAGUACGGUGCCUAGGAGGGGACUGACUGAACCUCAACUAUUACGGACAGAGUGAACUGGAAACACACACACACACACAAACAGCCCCUUCAGCUGUGAAACAGACAAAGACAGAAGGCAAAGAGAUACUAAGCACUGAGAGGAGGGCGGGACUAUGGCUGCCGAGAGUCUGACCGAGCUCCGUGAUUGGCUCUUUCUGCUCCUCCUGUGCCUGACUCUAUUGGCCGAGAUGCUGGAGUUGGCGGCGGCAGCAGUUGCCAUGGAGGAAGGCGAGGAAGACUUCCCGUGCCCGUCAGUGUGCCGGUGUGACGAGGGCUUCGUUUACUGUAACGAUCGGAGCCUGAGCAUGAUCCCUCCUCUACCGUUAACAGCUACCGUUCUCUACCUACAGAGCAACCGGUUGGCCAACUCCGGCCUACCGGCGUCGUUGGAGCGCAGCAGUAGUAUCCGUGUGGUCUACCUUUACGCCAACCAACUAGACGAGUUUCCUAUACACCUGCCGCCGUCGCUACGGGAACUACACCUGCAGGACAACAACAUUCGGACGUUGCCACGCACGGUGUUGGCCAGGUUACCGUUGCUAGAGAGGCUACACCUGGACGACAACUCCAUCUCCACGGUGAGCAUUCAGGAGCGGGCCUUCUCCGGUACGCGGCGGCUGAGGUUACUCUUCCUCUCCCGGAACCACCUGUCCAGCAUCCCAGCCGGCCUCCCGGCUUCUUUAGAGGAGCUGAGGUUAGACGACAACCGUAUCAACACCAUCCCCACCCACGCCUUCCGGGGCCUGGCCUCACUGAGACGCCUGGUCCUGGACGGGAAUCUCCUGGCCAACACCCGCAUCGCCGACGACACCUUCUCCCGCCUGGCCAACCUCACGGAGCUGUCGCUAGUCCGCAAUGCCCUGCAGGCCCCACCAAUCAACCUGCCCAGCACACACCUGAUGAGGCUGCACCUGCAGGACAACGGACUGAUUCACGUGCCCCGGGGGACCCUGGACGGGAUGAAGAGGCUGCAGCGGCUGGAUCUGUCAGGGAACAACCUGACCACUCUGCCCCGGGGGCUGCUGAGGGACACGGACGGCCUGGAGCUGUUGCUGCUCCGGGGGAACCCCUGGUACUGUGGCUGCAACCUGCACUGGCUCCACGCCUGGCUGUAUGGCCGCGGGGCAGCGGUGACAGUACGGGGCCUGACCUGCCACGGACCGGAGGCGGUGCGAGGCCAGGCCCUCAGGGACCUCACUGGGCUCAUGGACCAGUGUGAAGGCCCCCCAGGAGGGGUGAACAGUGUGGGGGGUAGAGGAGGAGGUGUCACUAGAACUACCACCUUUCCCCCCACCCAGGGCUCUCUGUUCACCCUCAGAGACAUACGGCCGGGCCUGGUGAAGCCAUUACCACCGGGAGGAGAGGCGGGGGGUCAUGCCUCACACCACGCUUUAGAACUCACCGUGAAGCCUCUGUCGCCGGACAGUGUGCAGGUGACGUGGCUGUGCCCGCGGCCGGCGCCCUCCUUCCGGCUGUCCUGGCUGAGGCUGGGCAGCAGCGCCGCUCUGGGUUCCAUCACAGAGACGCUGGUACCCGGGGAGAGACAGCAGUACCUACUAACCCAGCUCACGCCACGAUCACACUAUCUCAUCUGCCUGCUCCCCCUGCGCUCCACCUCCUCCCACUCUGGAGGGUCACAGAGAGGACAGCAACAGGAAAAGGACACAACAGACCAGAGCCCCGUCUGCUCUCAGAUAGAGACGGGGGAGGCUCUGCGCCCCGAGGGGGGAAAUGGGGGUGAGGACUCGGACACAGAGAUGGCAGCCCUCCCCCUGGCCGAGAUCAUUGGAGGAGCCACAGCCCUAGUCUCCCUCAUACUCAUCUUCGGCAUCUUCUGCUGGUAUGGCCAGCGCACCGGGUAUGUCUCCGGGGAAACAGACUCCUAUGGGGUCAGAGGUCAGCGCGUGGUCGGGAAGCCGUACGAUGACUACGUGGAGUCGGGUACUAAGAAGGACAGCUCCAUCCUGGAGAUCAGGAGCCCCGGCUUCGCCAUGACGCCCAUGACGACCCAUCAGCCACUGCAACCCAAAGGAGGGGAAGAUGUGACCUACGUGCACACCAUCUUCCCCUCAUCGCACGGUAACGGCACCUACCGAAGCAACCAGAGUCACAACGGCAUCAUCACCCAACUGGGUCACACGGCAGGCUACGGGACCAACCAGGGUUACCGGGAGCAAGGGAUGAUCCCGGAUAUAGACUACUCCUACACGUGAUGACAUCAUCUCAGACACACUUCUCCCACCCCCACCGGUUGGAUGCCGUUCUAAGGAUACGGUUCCAGCAGGCGGUUGGUUGGUUGGUCUCCUUGGUUCCAAAGUACCCUCUGUGCCUCCUCACUUCUGCUCUGAAUCUUAUUUAUCUGUUACUGGCUGACUGGCUUGGGUUGCUGUGUCCCCACAGGGCCACCCCACAUACAUGUUUGCUGGGUGACAGAAGUGUUUCAGUGCUUCUCAUGUUUAUACAUUGUUUUGAGGUCUCAGUAUCUUUACAGCUACUGUACUCUUCCGUCUAUUUCAUAAAAGACCGUUAGUAGUUUGAGGUGGAUGUUUAGGCGUAGGCAGACGCUAAAAGGCAAAUAUAUUCCAGAGAGAAACACUUGUGUAGACUGCUACACUAUAUAUACAAAAGUAUGUGGACACCCGUUCAAAUGAGUGGAUUCGGCUAUUUCAGCCAUACCUGUUGCUGACGGGUGUAUAAAAUCGAGCACACAGCCAUGUAAUCUUCAUUGACAAAC